GAGGGCGGAGGAGGGGCAGAAGGACCGAGAGGACAAGACCCAGGAGCACUCCGCCCAGGAGGUGAUGUCCCAAGCGAACCAGGCCCCCGCGAAACGUUCCCAGCAGAGGAACCUAGAGGACCCCGUGCGCGACCCCCCGAAGCUCGCCAUUGCUGCGGUGUUCGGCUGGUUCAACUUCGAGGGCCCCAAGCGACGCAAGCAGCUCGAUGUUGGAAUGCUCCAGCGCGACCUCAGAAG